AUGGCAAAUACACAACCCAAAAUUAAUUUACCAGAAUUGGUGUGGCAACGAUUUGAAAAUCUUUGGAAUGAGGUAGAAAUAUUCCCUGAAGAAGAAAUGAUUUUUGGACAAGUUCUUGAAUCCAGAUUACUCACGAAACAUU